GGGCUGACAUUUCAUCAGCGCUAUCACAUAAUCAUUUUACACUUACACUUUCGAUUCUUCACUGCUUCUGCUCUUGUUUCUGAGUUAUUUUUCUAGUUGUGUGUGUUGAAUUAAAAACAGAAAUGUUUACACGUGCCAUACGUAUGCGCUCAAUGCUGCGCGGCCUCUCCACAAUGGCUUCUACGUACACACGCCACAAUCGCCAUGCUCAAAAUUCGAUGGUUGAGUAUUUCAAUGAGGUACGACUGCUGCGUUUCAAGGGAGCCGCUGCUUCGACGGCACAGACUCAGCGGUAUUUUAGUCGCAAGCGUGGUGAUGAGGAUGAUAUAAUGGCGGAAGCGGAACCCGAACUCUUGACGGAUCAACGUGACGGACAACAACUACCGGCAACAGUUGCGGUGCCCGAUGUUUGGCCCCAUGUGCCAAUGUUGGCAAUGCGCCGGCAUCCGCUUUUUCCGCGCUUCAUGAAGAUUGUUGAGGUCUCGAAUCCAAUUGUUAUGGAUCUGCUGCGACGCAAAGUGAAGCUUAAUCAGCCCUAUGUUGGUGUCUUUCUAAAGAAAACCGACGGUGAAGAGGAAAUCAUUCACAAUUUGGAUGAUGUUUAUGCUGUGGGAACUUUUGCCCAGAUCCAAGAACUCCAAGAUUUAGGCGACAAGCUGCGUAUGGUUGUGGUGGCACACAGACGCAUUCGCAUCACUGGACAGGUGAUGGAGGAUGUGCAGCCCGCAUCAAAGUCAGCUGAAGAUCAGUCGAAUGCCGAUGCUGAUGCCACAUCGCGAUUGGUCAAUCGUAGCAUGCGCAAACCUCGUGGACGCAAUGCCCGACGCCAAACGAAUAAGCGUGAAGAGGCCGCUGCCGAAGAGCUUGUGCAGCGCCAGACGCUGGAGUCACCAUUGCCAAGUGGUCGUGUGAAGCCUACAGCAACGCCUAAACCACCCACAGUGGCAGCAAGUGAGACCGCUGGCGAAGCCGGUGAAGAGAACAAGGAUGCGGAAACGACGCCAACAACACCGCCUGUGCUUAUUGUGGAGGUAGAGAAUAUCAAGCUGCCUGCCUACAAGCAAACCGAGGAAGUGAAGGCGCUAACUCAGGAGAUCAUUAAGACGUUGCGUGAUAUCAUAACCAUGAAUCCGCUCUACAGGGAGAGCUUGCAGCAGAUGCUACAUCAGAAUCAAAGAGUUGUUGACAACCCCAUCUACUUGUGUGAUUUAGGCGCUUCCCUGUCAGCUGGUGAGCCUGGCGAACUGCAGAAAAUAUUAGAGGAAACCGAUAUACCUCAACGACUGCUGUUAGCACUUGCGCUGUUAAAAAAGGAAUUGGAGCUGUCGCGUUUGCAGCAAAAGAUUGGACGUGAGGUCGAGGAGAAGGUCAAACAGCAGCAUCGCAAAUAUAUACUUCAGGAACAGUUAAAGGUUAUCAAAAAGGAGUUGGGCAUUGAGAAGGACGACAAGGAUGCCAUUGGUGAGAAGUAUCGCGAGAAACUUAAAGACAAAACCGUGCCGGAGAGCAUUAAAACUGUUAUUGACGAAGAGCUGACCAAGCUAAAUUUCUUGGAGAGCCACAGCUCAGAAUUUAACGUUACACGCAACUAUUUGGAUUGGCUCACCUCACUGCCUUGGGGCGUCAUUAGCCCCGAAAACUUGUGCCUUGACAAGGCAACCGAAAUUCUGAAUAACGAUCACUACGGCAUGGAGGACAUCAAGAAGCGCAUCUUGGAGUUCAUUGCAGUCAGUUCACUGAAGGGCACAACCCAGGGCAAAAUCUUGUGCUUCCAUGGUCCACCUGGUGUGGGAAAAACGAGUAUUGCCAAGUCGAUAGCACGCGCAUUAAAUCGCGAAUAUUUCCGCUUCAGUGUGGGUGGCAUGACGGAUGUGGCCGAAAUUAAGGGACAUCGACGCACUUAUGUAGGCGCCAUGCCCGGCAAACUUAUUCAGUGCCUGAAGAAAACGAAAACGGAGAAUCCCCUCGUGCUCAUCGAUGAAGUCGACAAAAUUGGCAAAGGCUAUCAGGGUGAUCCUAGCUCUGCGCUGUUAGAACUGCUCGAUCCAGAGCAGAAUGCCAAUUUCCUUGAUCAUUACCUCGAUGUGCCCGUGGAUUUGUCGCGUGUGCUGUUCAUUUGCACCGCAAAUGUCAUUGAUACCAUACCAGAACCUCUGCGUGAUCGCAUGGAACUGAUUGAAAUGUCUGGCUAUGUGGCUGAAGAGAAGGUGGCCAUUGCACGUCAAUACCUAAUACCACAGGCCAUGAAUGAUUGCGGUCUAACGGAGAAACAAAUUAAUAUUACUGAAGAUGCACUGAAUAUGCUCAUUCGGAGCUAUUGCCGUGAGAGUGGUGUACGUAAUCUGCAGAAGCAAAUCGAGAAGGUCAUACGCAAGGUGGCGUUCCGCUUGGUCAAGAAAGAGGGCGAGGAAUUCCCCGUCAAUGCAGACAACUUGACCACGUUCCUGGGCAAACAAGUCUUUAGCUCCGAUCGCAUGUACAACACAACACCAGCUGGUGUGGUCAUGGGCCUAGCCUGGACGGCCAUGGGUGGCUCUUCGUUGUACAUUGAGACCUCCAGGCGUCAUAUACGCGCCGAGAAGCCUGAAUCGAACACGGGAAGUCUACAUUUGACUGGAAAUCUGGGCGAUGUGAUGAAGGAAUCGGCACAAAUCGCGCUCACCGUAGCACGCAACUUCCUGUACACUCAUGAGCCAAAUAACAAGUUCCUAGAGCAAGAACACAUUCAUCUGCAUGUGCCUGAGGGCGCUACGCCAAAGGAUGGACCCAGUGCAGGUGUAACCAUCAUCACAGCUUUAGUUUCAUUGGCCACCGGCAAGCCUGUGCGUCCUGAUGUGGCCAUGACGGGCGAGGUGUCACUCAAGGGCAAAGUCUUAACUGUGGGCGGCAUAAAGGAGAAGACCAUUGCUGCUCGACGAAGCGGUGUCACUUGCCUUAUUUUACCAGUUGACAAUAAGAAGGACUUUGAGGAGUUACCCGGCUUUAUUACCGAUGGUUUAGAAGUGCACUUUGCUAGCGACUACGACGAUGUCUUUAAGAUUGCCUUUGCUGACACUAACUUGACGACUUCAGAGACAAAUAGCACCACACCGGUGGCGCAGCGUGAAAAGAUCCCAAGCGCAGCCACAGCCUCACCUAAGACAGGCAGCUCUUAGUGGUAGCCACUAAUUUUAGGCUAAGCACUGGGUUGGGCCUUGGGGACAAGCAACUGUUACCAAGAUUAUAGGUAUAUAUGUAUAUGUCUAGGAAUAUGUAUUUAGAACAAAGCAUUUGUUGUGUUAAUGCCGAGAGUAAAUUGAA